GGCCCGCAGACCUUCGCAAAUGUACCCUCGCGGCCGCCCGCUGGGGACCGACGCGGCGAAGCCGCAGCUUCGUCCUCUCCGCCGCGGCAGGCUGGGCAGGCCCUGCAGGAUGGCCCGCUCCGACAACGGCGGCGGCGCGCCGCAGCUGGAGCCCCGCGACGCUGCGCUCAGCAGCUGCUGCGGCGGCGAGCAGGCCCCGCCUCGCCGGGUACCGUCGGCCGUGCCGAGUGCAUGGCAGCUCGAGCUGGUGGACUGCGGUCUGGAGGGCGUGCUCUCCGCGCAGCCCGGCACGUCGGAUGGGCACCGCUCUUACCCGGGCCCAGGAGUCUUCUUCUCCUUGGGCGAGCCUCUGUGCACUCCCACAGAGGUCGCCCCGCCGCCCAGCACCCUCUACGGCGUCUACCUGGCGCUGCUGGGCGAGGACAGCAGGUUCAGGCACCGGCUUUGCGACGGAGUGAACCCCGAGGUGGCAGAAGUGCGACGGCUGCAAAGCCAGCCUGGGUGCGGCACCGCCCGAGCCAGGUGUCUAGCGUCCAUUCCGGUUCUGGGCAAGCGCACGUACCAAGAGACGUUGCGCAUUGCGCUGUGCAGGGACGGCGGGGUGAGCACCCUUGCGAUCCAGGUGGCCGGCACCCUGAAGGUCGGAUUUCCUGUGGGAGACUUCCUGACGGAGACGUUGCACCUCUUCACCCAGGCCGGCGACGAUUGCCCCGUGCAGCUGCAGAGCUGGGGCAUGGCCCAGCCCGGGGCCCAGCAGCGGAAGGCGCUGGACGGCAUGAAGGCCAAGCAUCGCGAGUACCUCGCGAACGUCCGCCGGGCGGUUCGCGAGGCCCUGCCGGGCUCGCUGCAGGCUCGCCCUCACGCUGCGCCGAGCACGCCGCCGAGCACGCCGAGCACGCGGGCGAGCACGCCGAGCUCGCUGCGGAGCACGCCGAGCUCGCUGCCGAGCGCGCCGAGCACGCCCGCCGGGGCGGCCCCGCCGAGCUGGCCGCGGCCUGCGGAGGGGCCCCCGGCGGAGGCGGAGGCCCGUCGGCGGGCCGGGCCCUCCUGGCAGGAGUGCCUCUCGGGCGGCUGCCUCGCCGGCCUGCGGCGCGCGGCGGCGGCCCCCGAGGGGCUGCUGCUCAUGCUGAUGUCGCUGCUCCUUGACUUGGUGUAGCGCCCCCGCCCACCCC